CACAAUCGCAGUGCCUAAAACAUCGGCCAGAAAUCAAGUCCUAUCUUCUGAUCUUCUUCAAAUCUUUAGCCAAUUUUCUUCACCAGCAACAGCAUAAGCAAGAUGGCUCGCUUCGCAGUGGUAGCCGCGAUCGUCGCCCUCUUCGUCGUCACCGCCGCCGCACAGGGCCCCAUGCCGGCGCCCAGGAUGGCCCCGCUCCCCGCGCCCCCGGCGAGGUCCCCGGCCACCGCCCCUGCGCCGGUCGCCACUCCGCCCACCGCCGCGUCGCCGUCCCCGAUGGCAUCUCCCCCGUUCCCGUCCAUGGAGACCCCGGCCGAAGCUCCCUCCGCGGUGACCCCCUCGGCGAUGACCCCCUCCGCGGUCUCCGGCACACCGGUCGGCGCCCCAGCUGACGCCCCCGCGAGCUCGGCUGUAUACACGUCCACCGUCAGCUUCGUCGCCGUCGCCGGCGCGGUCGCCGCCGCCAUCGUGUUCUAGAUGGAGCGGAGACUACUCUGUUUUCGUGAUGUUCAUAUUAGUACGAGAUUCG